GAUCGGGGAGAGCCAGGCCGGCGGCCAGCACCGCACGCGCAUCCGCCAGAUCCUCGAGUGGUGUGGGGAGGCCUUCGACGGCGUGAUCGUGUUUGACGAGUGUCACAAAGCCAAGAACGCCAGCUCCACCAAAAUGGGCAAGGCCGUGCUGGACCUGCAGAACAAGCUGCCCCUGGCCAGGGUGGUCUAUGCCAGCGCCACAGGUGCCUCCGAGCCCCGGAACAUGAUCUACAUGAGCCGCCUGGGCAUCUGGGGUGAGGGCACGCCCUUCCGGACCUUUGAGGAGUUUCUGCAUGCCAUCGAGAAGAGGGGCGUGGGCGCCAUGGAGAUCGUGGCCAUGGACAUGAAGGUCAGCGGCAUGUACAUCGCCCGCCAGCUCAGCUUCUCUGGCGUCACCUUCCGCAUUGAGGAGAUCCCGCUGGCCCCGGCCUUCGAGCACGUCUACAACCACGCGGCCCUGCUGUGGGCCGAGGCCCUGAGCGUGUUCCAGCAGGCGGCCGACUGGAUCGGCCUGGAAUCCCGCAAGUCGCUGUGGGGUCAGUUCUGGUCGGCCCACCAGCGCUUCUUCAAGUACCUGUGCGUGGCCGCCAAGGUGCGCCGGCUGGUGGAGCUGGCCCACGAGGAGCUGGCCCGGGACAAGUGCGUGGUGAUCGGGCUGCAGUCCACGGGUGAGGCUCGGACCCGGGAGGUGCUGGACGAGAAGGACGGGCAACUCGACUGCUUCGUCUCCGCUGCUGAGGGUGUCUUCCUGUCUCUGAUUCAGAAGCACUUUCCUUCAACCAAAAGAAAGCGAGAGAGAGGAGCCGGCAGCAAGAGAAAACGGCGGCCACGGGGCCGUGGGGCCAAGGCGCCCCGGCUGGUGUGCGAGGUGGCGGGCGUGAUCCGCAUCAGCGACGACAGCAGCACUGAGUCGGACGCCGGCCUGGACAGCGACUUCCACUCCUCCCCCGAGUCCCUGGUGGACGACGACGUGGUCAUCGUGGAUGCCAUCGGGCUCCCGGCUGACGACCGCGGCUCGCUGUGCCCCCCGCAGCGGGACCUGCACGGCCCUGGUGUCCUGGAGCACGUGGAGCGGCUGAAGCAGGACCUGCUGGCCAAGGUGCGGGCGCUGGGCCGCGAGCUGCCGCUCAACACCCUGGACGAGCUCGUCGACCAGCUGGGGGGCCCUGAGCGCGUGGCUGAGAUGACCGGCAGGAAGGGCCGCGUGGUGUCCAGGCCGGACGGGACCGUGGCCUUCGAGUCUCGGGCGGAGCAGGGCCUCUCCAUCGACCACGUGAACCUCAGGGAGAAGGAGCGUUUCAUGAGCGGGGAGAAGCUCGUGGCCAUCAUCUCGGAGGCCUCCAGCUCCGGCGUCUCCCUCCAAGCCGACCGCCGGGUCCAGAACCAGCGGCGCCGGGUCCACAUGACGCUCGAGCUGCCCUGGAGCGCGGACCGCGCCAUCCAGCAGUUCGGCCGCACCCACCGGUCCAACCAGGUCUCGGCGCCCGAGUACGUGUUCCUCAUCUCCGAGCUGGCCGGGGAGCGCAGGUUUGCCUCCAUCGUCGCCAAGCGGCUGGAGAGCCUGGGGGCUCUGACCCACGGGGACCGCCGCGCCACCGAGUCCCGAGACCUGAGCAAGUACAACUUUGAGAACAAGUACGGCGCCCGGGCCCUCAACUGUGUCCUCACCACCAUCCUGAGCCAGACGGAGAACAAGGUGCCGCUGCCCCGGGGCUACCCCGGAGGGGACGCCGCCUUCUUCCGCGACAUGAAGCAGGGCCUGCUCUCGGUCGGCAUUGUCGGGCGCGAGUCCAGGUCCGGCGGCCUGGACGUGGAGAGGGACUGCUCCAUCACCAAGUUCCUGAACCGCAUCCUGGGGCUGGAGGUGCACAAGCAGAACGCGCUGUUCCAGUAUUUCUCCGACACCUUCGACCACCUCAUCGAGGUGGACAAGAAGGAGGGCAAAUACGACAUGGGCAUCUUGGACCUGGCUCCGGGCAUCGACGAGAUCUACGAGGAGAGCCAGCAGGUGUUCCUGGCCCCCGGGCACCCGCAGGACGGGCAGGUGGUCUUCUACAAGAUCAGCGUGGACCGCGGCCUCAGGUGGGACGAGGCCUACGCCAGGUCGCUGGAGCUGACGGGCGCCCACGACGGCUUCUACCUCUCCCACAAGGUUCGCGGCAACAAGCCGAGCUGCCUCCUGGCCGAGCAGAACCGCGGGAAGCUCUUCACCGUCUACAAGCCCAACAUCGGGCGGCAGAGCCAGCCAGAGACCCUCGACGGGCUCUGCCGGAAGUUCCACCGGGUGGCGGCGGAGGAGGCCCGCGAGCACUGGGAGAGCAGCUACAGCUUCUCGCUGACGCACUGCAGCCACACGUUGUGGAACCGGCCGUGCCGGCUGGUGCAGGAGGGCAAGGACUGCGUGCAGGGCCUGCGGCUGCGCCACCACUACAUGCUGUGCGGGGCCCUGCUGCGCGUGUGGGGCCGCAUCGCCGCCGUCAUGGCCGACGUCACGAGCAGCAGCUACCUGCAGAUCGUGCGCCUCAAGACCAAGGACAAGAAGAAGCAAGUGGGCAUCAAGACCAUCAAAGUGUACUGCCAGCGGAUGCAGGAGGAGAACAUCACGCGUGCCCUCAUCGUGGUGCAGCAGGGCAUGACGCCCUCCGCCAAGCAGUCCCUGGUCGACAUGGCCCCCAAGUACAUCCUGGAGCAGUUCCUGCAGCAGGAGCUGCUCAUCAACAUCACGGAGCACGAGCUGGUCCCAGAGCACGUGGUCAUGACCAAGGAGGAGGUGACCGAGCUGCUGGCCCGGUAUAAGCUCCGAGAGAACCAGCUGCCCAGGAUCCAGGCGGGAGACCCCGUGGCGCGCUACUUCGGGAUAAAGCGCGGGCAGGUGGUGAAGAUCAUCCGGCCCAGCGAGACCGCCGGCCGCUACAUCACCUACCGGCUGGUGCAGUAGCCACCCGCCCCUGCCCGCCGGGUGAGACGGACACGGGGCCCGGCGGGGGCCCUGGGCAGCUUGGGCCUGGGGGGCAGUGUCCACCUCCCCCAGCCGUGUGCAGGAAGGUUCCGGCUCCUUCCCUGAGCGAGCCCCACUCAGUGUCCACCCCGCUGA